AUGCGCAUUCAAUUGGACAUGUAUGCCCUGCAUGGAGGCCUGGUGUUCUGCGUCUUCUUCGUCUUAUUCGCGCUGGCAUGGCUGGGUGCGGGCCUCGCAUCCGUGGCCAUCCUUCAUUCCUCGGCCAUCUUGGACCUGUGGUACAUUCUCUGGCCCCUAGUGUUCCAGCCAGCACUAGGUGUGCUGAUGUUGGGAGCGCUGACCGUGGGCGCCGCCAAGUGGGUCACCAGCCAGGGCGCCAAGAAACAGAGCUGA